UUAUGUUGUUUUAAACAUCCCAAACCAAAUUCUUGAAUUUCUUGGCUCAUCACAUAGAGAGAGAGAGAGAGAGAAUGGAUUGCAGCAGAGAUGAGAGGAGAUGGUGCUGUUAUCAUCCAACAGAAAUGGUAGUUGGAGUUUGUGCUUUAUGCUUGAAUGAAAAGCUCUUAGUUGUUGCAAAGCGACGCCAACGAACUCACUACUCUUUCUUACCAAAAAUCUUUGCUCUUACCAAUCUGCGCAGAUCCCACACUCCUUCUUCUCCAUCUCCAGAAGACUCAUUCAUAUCAAUCAAGUUCGAAGAGAAUGGUGUGGCCUCAUGGGACAAAGGGAAAACCUCCAAAAUUGCACAUGAUGAGAAAUAUUGUGAUGAAAAGUUCAAGAGUGUGGUCGAAAACACGAAGCCACGCAGGUCGCUGAGGUGGCGGAGGCGGAUUGGCCACCUCUUCCACCUCAUCAAGCGGAAGAGGCAGGCCAAGGCCUCGUCAGCACCUAGCACCUUGAAGGGGAGAAUGUUAAAUAUAGGUGGAUAUGGAUUCUGACAAAGAAGAGGACCAAAGAAUAAAGGGUUUUGCAAGAAAAAAAAAAAAGACACCCUAGCUUCCUUUCUUUUUUUUCUUUCACACCCACAAUUUUUUUGUGUAGGAAUUCAUCACAUCACACCAUAUAUAUAUAUAAUUGAGAUGUGGGAUCUAGUCAAAAUUGCAUCUUGCCAAAAUAAAAAGUCAUUUUAUUUUGGUGAA